AUGGGCAACCCGCCGCACACAUCCGAUGGCCCAUGGCCGCUAGACCCCAUUCCUCCACAACCACCAUCACAAGAAGAGGAAUAUCAUCAACAAUCACAACCACAAGAAGAGGAAUAUCGUUUACCAUCACAAUCAGAACAAUAUCGCCCACAACCAGAAAAAGAAUAUCCGCAUUGUUUACUGCGGCAUCCACGUCCGUGUAGUACUAUGGAUGGAUCAUUACACACUUCUCGUGGGCGGGGGUCGGCAGCCGUGCGGCCCGAGUCUUAUCUCGCCGUGAGACCCACCGGCGCCUAUUUGAAUUUACCCCCCGCCGUCGAUGUUGAGACCGUUGAGGAGGCGAAGAUGAUGUUGGCGCGAUGGGAGGCGUGGAAUCAACAACUCCCAAAACAACUGGAAAUGGAUGUGGCCUUCUCGCCGGUGAACCGAAUGAAUGGACGGGAAUCGGCAGCUUCUCUACUAUCCACACCAUCCCACACCCUCUUAUCCCACGGAGUGGAAAAAGGGAGGAAUACAUCACUUUCUCAAAAUAUAGUAGGAACACCUUCAAACACUUCAGUUGAAGUUAUUAAUCAUUCGCAUGAAGCUAAUAAGUUACAUACAGAAACGAGAGGGACAGUCUUAAAACCACGUCCAUUUGCUGUAGCAUAUCGAGUUACUGCCGCAACAUUAAGACGCAGAACUCAACCCGCCUCUACUCGCCAAAGUCGUGCACUGCUGCUUAAACGUGCACUGGAUCUAGAAGGUAAACCACUGGGUCGUACCGGUGGGAAUCCAAAUGAUGUGAAUAUAGAAGAUCACCCCUCAGCAGGGCGGGAUGACAGCAAAUCAACAGCAGAUAUGAAUAUUCCUUUUCCAAGAGUAGCACUCUCAACAGAAUCAGAAGAGAAACAGGAUCCACUUGCUGUAGCAGAGCGUUUGCGACUUCAUUUGAAGGAUACGGUAGAUGCGUUAGAGGCAGAUUCAGUAAUUUCUCGGUUACCGAAUCGCAGUACAAUGGAUAGUAAUAGUGACUAUAAUUCAACGUGGCCAAAACCUCCAUCACAUUUUCAACAUGAGUUGGUUGACUGCAAGGAGUCCAUGGAAGAAAAUAUUCACCUAUUGCCUUGUGUUUCAGUUUUAAUUCCGAACGAGGACGAAGAAGAAGAAGAAAAAGAAGUAAAGAAGAGUAGUAACUCUCUUCCUCUACUGCAUGGAGUGUCUGUAGAAGGAACAGAGGAAAACAGAAUACUGAUGGAAUCUGAUGAAAAAGCUGAAGAUACUGAGGAUUCCGAAGAAGAAGAAAAAGAAGAAGAAGAGCCGAAGGAGGUGAUGGAGGGCUUUUUCUUUUCUAGUUGUUCUGAAUCCCCACCACAAGGUUUUCCAAUUGUGGUACUUGGGGAUCACGCUGUUUCUAUCUUUCCAACACCACUAAUGGCAGGAGAUGAAGUAGAGUCAAAUAUGGAUUCUAAAAGUAAUGUGGAAUUGCCGACCCCAAAUGGGGCAGGAUAUGUGGACGAUGAAGUUGUUAGAACUAUGGAAGUAGUUAAUAGGAAUAAUAUUUCUGGCUCAGAUUCAAAAGAAAUGGAGCAACCUGUAUACUCUAAGAAAGCAAAUCUAUUGACAUUUGAAGAAAAAGAAACUCAAAAUUAUGACUCUAACAGUAAAAGUGAUAAGGAGAAUGAAAAAAGUCAACAGAAUACCAACCCCAAAGAGAAGGGAAUCUUUAAAUAUGAAUAUGAAUAUGAAGAGGAAGAGGGAAUAGCCGAGAAUGAAAAUACAGACACCGUUCUUCUGCCUCGUAUCACACAUAUUACGCAUGAGGUGAUGAAUGAAGAGUGUACUGCCCGGGUAUCUCUUAUUCUUGCAGAAACUCUGCAAUUAUGCGAACUCUGGCAGUUGUGUCACACAGAAGGUCUACGUAUUGCAGAGACCCCAAGUACUUCUUGGGAUGUUCGUGAUGAAAAGAUGACGACCAACACUACGGACCACUCACGCAUGAACGAUGCAUUUACACAAUGUAAUAUGGAAGAGCUUAAUAUAAUAAUGACAUCAUCACAUCAGCAGCAACAGAUAUAUGAAGAGGCUGAGAGGGACACACAAUGCUUUCAUAGUGAAAUUGCUCGACUAAACCAGAAG